AUGGCUAUGAUAAGAUCAGAGGUUUUUAAAUCAUUAGAAUUGGGUGCAUCAUUGGGUAAGAGUGAUGUCUCAGAAACUCCACUUCUGAAACUGUCUUGGAUUUUGGAGAGAUCCAUUUUGAAGAAUGAGAAAUUGUUGGUCUGGAGAGGAAACUAUGAUCCUGUUACCAUCUUUCAUGGGUCCAAAGCACCACCAAACAUGACUGUUACACAAUACAUGGAACGCAUCUUGAAGUACUCUAAUUGCAGCCCUUCUUGUUUUGUGAUUGCACAAAUAUACAUGGAAAGGUUCUUUCACAAAAAUGGUGGUUACCUCACUUCCUUCAAUGCUCAUCGCCUCCUAAUCACAAGCAUCAUGAUAGCUGCUAAGUUUCUCGAUGAUAAGUACUAUAGCAAUGCUUACUUUGCCAAAGUUGGAGGAGUUAGCACUGAGGAGAUGAAUAGGAUGGAGAUAGAGUUUUUGUUCAUUCUGGAAUUUAAACUCUUUGUCACAACAGAAUUAUUUCUCAAGUAUUGUGAGAAUCUUGAUAAAGCUGUUUAGAACAUGUGUUUGUG